ACCUAUUGCAUAUUCUCUAAGUAAGUUUCUCUUUCUCAUGUAUCUGUGAUAUUAAAAAACUAAUACGAUAGAUUCGGGUAUGUGGGCAUGCAUGUUCCUGUUCUGUGGACUCAGUGAACUAUCACUUCCUACUGACAUGAGUUAUGUAGGAUGGAAGAUUGUGAGAUGUGAAGCUCCAGAUUCCAGGCCUUACUUAAUGACUGCUCCCUAAUGUGAUGAGUCUGAAGUUGGUUGUGGCAUCGGCUGAUCAAUGUAUACAAUAUACCAGAGUUUCUUUGGCCACACUGGCAGUUCUACUCUUGGCUCUUCUAUCGCCUGUUCCUUACAAAGAUCACGAGAGCGACUUACAGAAGCCUUUGGUUGCAUUGUCUUUGUAUAUCCAGCAACCAACAACCGUGAACCGUAACACACACCGUGAUACAGAGUCUUUUACAGGAGCAUUGACCUUCCACCGGAUGCUCACAGAGGGACCUGAGACCACAUCGGCAAUUGUAGGAAAAGCGCAAGGUUUUAUCAUACCUGUAGAGCAUUUUGCUCAUUCGGCCUUCAACAUAAUUUACUUGACAUUUAGCACACCUGACUAUUCAGGGAGCUUGAGCGUUGAAGCAAAGAAAUUGGAACAUAGGAAGAGAGAGGAGCUUAAAGUAGUCGGUGGUACUGGCUCUUUCGCAUUUGCUCGUGGCAUUGCUGUAUUUGCAGAAGCCAAUCAGGAUCUUUCUGGUGUUGAUUUUCUCAUUUAUCAAGUUAACUUGCAGCUUACAUUUCCUAGUCAAUUGCACUCUGUACGGGAAUGAAGAACCAUUGAUUAGCUAGAACAGUUUUUCUCAAAUUCUUGAAUUUUACACUCGCGGUGUUGAUUUAUUUGAACUUAUAAAUUAUGAUAAUUGUAUUAUGGUGGCUGAUAUUGUCUAAUUUUUAUGUUAUGUAGUUUGCGUUGUAAUUCUGUCAUGUCCAAUAGAAGACUUUCAAUAAAUUAUACUUUCUCCAUUU